UCCUACUAUUUCUUUUGGUUCCAAAGAGAAGCUCUGGCUUAGGGUUUUGAAGGAAGCGGUCGUCAAACAAAAGCAGGGUUUUAGGCUAGCUACCCAGAUAGAAAAAUCAAAGAAACUAAAACAAUGGAUCCUUCAUCAGUUAACUCAGCUGAAUUGGAACGAUUCCUUAAUCAAGAGAAGGAAAGAGCAAUGGUUAAUGAGAUGGUGGCAAAGCUUACAAGUGCAUGCUGGGACAAAUGCAUCACAAGUUCACCGGGGAGCAAGUUCAGCUCAAGUGAAUCAUCUUGCCUUUCUAACUGUGCUCAGCGUUAUAUGGAUAUGAGUCUUAUCAUUAUGAAACGCUUCCAGUCCAUGAACUAAUUUCAAGAAAAAUUGGCCUACUGUACUGGUUUGCAAGUUGCAACUGCGCUCUAGCUUCAAUCAUUAGUGGAUUACAGUAGCUGAAAUGCCUUGCAUUUUUGGAACUAAAUCUCAUAUUUCUCUCUUGAUUAUCUUUACAUCAACUUCUGUAUUUUAAACACCAUGGAAUUAUUAUCUUCCCAUCAUUUGAUGUUGCAUAAAUGAUGUCCUGUUGCUUUCAGAA